AUGAUAAAUGGUCGUUACCAAAAAGAAGAUGUUGUUAAUAAUAACAACAAUUUAAAUUUAAAUUUAAUUGAAAAAACUUUAAAUGAUUUAACAAUCAAAAAUAAUACAAAUAUAAAUAAUAAUAACACUAAUAAUAAAAAUACCAAUUAUUAUAAUAACAACAAUUUUAAUAAUAAUAAUAAUAAUAAUAAUAAUAAUAAUAAUAAUAAUAAUAAUAUUAAUAAUAAUAAUAACAAUAAUAAAUAUUUAAAUAAUAGCCAUAAUAAUAAUAAUAAUAAUAAUAAUAAUAAUAAUAAUAAUAAUAAUAAUAAUAAUAAUAAUAAUAAUAAUGAAAUAAAUAAUAACAAUAAUAAUGUAUUAUCUCAUUCAUCAUUAAGUGGAAAAGGUGGUUCAACAACCUAUGAAACAACAUCAUAUACAACAAGUAUAACAAGUAGUAGAGAUACUGGAACAAUUUCGACAUCUUAUGAAAGUUCUUCAUCAUCUUCUUCGUCAUCAUCUUCUUCAUUAUAUGAUGAUGAUGAAUAUUCAGAUUAUUCAGAUAGUAGUGAUAGUAUCGAUAGUUAUGUAAAUCAUAGACAAGCUUUAUCUAAAUCUCAACAACAACAACAUUUACAACAGCAACAAGAUCAACCACAACCAUUACAUUCAUCAAUGGGUGCAAUAUCUAAUGAAAAACCUCCUUCUCCAACUAACCAACAACAACAACAACAACACCAUCAUCCGAAACAUAAUAUAGAAUUACCAAAAACAUCAUCAUUUGGAUUGCAACCAAAUUCUUCAAUACCUCAUAAAAAAUCAAGAUCAGAUUUCGAUUUCAUUAGAACAAUUGGAAAAGGUGCAUAUGGUAAAGUGAAACUUGUAAUUGAAAAAGAAACUCAAUUAAUAUUUGCAUCGAAAAUUUUGAAUAAAAAACUUAUAAUUAAAGAAAAAAAAGCGAAAUAUGUAAAUACUGAAAAAACUAUAUUAGAUUCUUUGGAUAAUCCAAACAUUGUAAAAUUAUUUUAUACUUUUCAAGAUGAAAAUAAUUUAUAUUUUAUAUUAGAAUAUUGCCCAAAUGGUGAUUUAUUAGGAGCAUUAAAGAAAGCAGGUUGUUUUUCAAUUGAUGUAGUUAGAUUUUAUGCUGCAGAAAUAUUAAUUGCAUUAGAAUAUUUACAUGGAAAAGGUAUAGCACAUAGAGAUUUAAAACCAGAGAAUAUUCUGUUAGGGAAAAAUCAACAUUUGAAAUUGAGUGAUUUCGGAUCAGCAAAACAAUUAAGUAUAGGAAGUCAUCAUAAAGGUAGUAGAUCAGGUUCUUUCUGUGGUACUGCAGAAUAUGUUUGUCCAGAGUUAUUAACAGAGAAAUCUGCAGGUGUUGAAGCUGAUAUUUGGUCCUAUGGAUGUUUGCUAUAUCAAUUGGUAAGUGGGAAAUUACCAUUCAAAGGUUUCAAUGAAUAUCAAACAUUUCUAUUAAUUACCAAAAGAGAAUUUUCAUAUCCUGAUAAUUUCGAUAAAUGUUGUAUGAAUCUAAUCGAUCAACUAUUAGAUUUAGAUCCAUAUAAAAGGCCGACAAUUAGUGAAAUUAAAAAUCAUGAAUUCUUUUCAUCCAUUCAAGAUUGGUCGAGUAUACCAUCACAAACUCCGCCACCCAUUGAACAAAUGGUACCACAAUCACCAUUCCCUUCACCAAACUCUUCAUUAAGAUUAAAAAAGAGAUCACUUUCUGUUGGUUCACCAAUUAAUAGUUCUUUAACUUAUUUAUCACAACCACCAAUAAAACCAUUAAAUUUAGAUAAUUCAAAUAUUGAUUAUAAUGAUUUUGAAAAUAAUCAAAUAAUAAGUAAUAAUAAUAAUAAUAAUAAUAAUACUACAACUACAACUACAACUACAACUACAAGUGCAAAUACUAGUGGUAGUACAAAUAAUACAUUAUAUUUUACUUCUCCAAAUGUAACUAGUCCACCUACAUCAAUGUCUUCUAAUAAUACUCCAAGAUAUAUAAAUCCAUUACCAACUCAAUCAACAACAACAACAACAACUAAACCAGCAUAUAGUUCAACACCAAGUUCAACAAUUUUAAAAUCAACUCCUCCACCUCCAAUUUUAUCUUCAUGUUCAUCAAAUAAUUUAUUAGGUAAAUCAUCAAAUCAACAAUAUCAACCAUUUCAAUUCCACCAACAGCAACAACAACAACAACAACAACAACAAAGAGAAAGAUCAUCUACAACUACACCAUCACCAACAUUUUUAUCAAAUCAUCAUAAUCAACAUCAAAAAAAUUUACAACAAUCAUUCUCAUCAAUUGAUAAAUCGUCAUUUUCAACAUCAUCACCAAUGAGUUCACCAAGAAUUCUAUUGAAACCUACAGAAUUAGUAUUGAUGGAUAAGGAUAGAAAAAGAAAUAUUAGAGAACAACAACAAAUUGAUCAAUAUCAAUGGAGUAGGUUCCUUUUACCAAAUGAUGAAAUCAUAUUAGCAUGUGGUAUAACAGAGAAAAGAUCAGGUUUAAUUACAAAAAAAAGACAAUUAAUAAUCACUGAUACUCCUAGAAUUUUUUAUGUUGAUCCUGUUAAAAUGACUCAAAAAGGUGAAAUUACUGUCGAUGGUUCAUUAUCUGCUCAACAAAAAUCUUCAAAACAUUUCAUUAUAAACUCAAAAGGAAGAUCAAGACAUUUCUAUGAUUUAGAUGGUCAAUCGAAAUUAUGGGUUGAUUUAAUAAAUGAAUUAAAUAUGUUAUCAUUUAAGUAA